CCAAGUCCCUUUCAUCCUCGUAUAAAAACCGAGCUUUUUAGUCGAGCCUCCCUCCUUGCCUCCUUGCGAACCGAAAUACUCAGUCUUUCACUCGCAUAGUCUCUCAGUCUCUCGUCUGCUUGACGCCAUGUCGUCCAGGAGGAAGCAAAGGGAACCAAAGGAAGAAAAUGUGACCCUUGGACCUGCUUUACGGGACGGAGAACAUGCAUUUGGUGUGGCUCACAUUUUUGCAUCAUUUAAUGAUACUUUCAUUCAUGUGACUGAUUUGUCUGGAAGAGAAACCCUCGUUCGCAUUACUGGUGGUAUGAAGGUAAAGGCUGAUAGAGACGAGUCUUCACCAUAUGCGGCCAUGCUUGCAGCACAGGAUGUGUCUCAGAGAUGCAAGGAACUAGGAAUUACUGCUCUUCAUAUUAAGCUCCGUGCCACUGGCGGCAACAAAACCAAGACACCUGGUCCUGGUGCUCAGUCUGCACUACGGGCUCUUGCUCGUUCAGGAAUGAGAAUUGGCCGCAUUGAGGAUGUGACUCCAAUCCCAACUGACAGCACCCGAAGAAAGGGUGGUAGAAGAGGUAGAAGAUUGUAAGCUGGCUUGGAGAUAUUUCACUUCCGAUCUUUCCGUCUUCAAUUUUGGAAGUUUGAUGUAGUUCUUAUAGGUGUGUUGAUGUAGUUCUUAGAGGUGUUAGCUUUGAAGAACUGGAACAUUUUGUAGUAUUUGGAAUUGGCCUUGCUGACUAUGCUUUACAUUAAGAUUUUUUUUUGAGGGAAUGAUUUACAUUAAUUAUGAAGGUAUUCUUUCUAGUUUGUUUUAUAGUGUAGUUAUGGUUGAUGUCCAAUUUGAUGUAUUUAUCCUAACAAUUUUAAAUAAAUUGAGGAUUUUAGUAA